AUGCCGCCGAGGGAGACGGACAGAGGCCUGACUUUGUUUAUCGUACUGCUGUUGUCGUUCUUGGAGCGCAGAGGAAGGGUUUACUCCUUUGAGGAACGUUUCCCGUAUCUCCGCGGACGUUUCGGCAUCGUGGUGCCUCUGGACUUUACCGGAACGCUGAGGAACCGAUGGUCGUACGCCUUUGCCAUCGGAGCGGCGGCUCCACACAUGUUCACUCUGUUUGCAGGCUACAUUGUUCCGUUUACGCUGCCGAAAUGGCUCAUAAGUCUUGUGUACCUGGUGGCUGCGUUUGAGGUGGGUGUGGCCUUCCUGCCCUUUUUUGCUUGCUUGUCAACAAGACACAGAGAACUGGGAGGAGCUUUGGGCCUGCUGUACACACUCACCUGGUUAAUUUUGGCUGUGUGGAAGUUCCACUGUUUGCCGAUAUGCGGAGAAACACUGGAGGAAGUGUUCUGUUUUGAAUGGUUACUGCAGUGGCCACACCUUCUGUGUUUGGUGUUUCUCCUGGGUCGUUUUGGCUUCAUGUUGGUGAAGGGUGUGAGGAACCGUCUGCAGAAGAACGACCAGCAGUACAGGAGGAAAGAUAACAAUGUUGAUGAGACCCAUCAGUACAGAUAUGUACAAACACUGCUGAGACGACCUCCUGAACGGCUUUUGGAGAAGACCUGGUUCAGGAGAAAGGUCUAUGACUGGGAUCCGUAUUUUAAGUUCCCCAACAGAAUGAUUGCAACUGCUGUUGUCUCCCUCAUCGGACUCUACGGGUUCAUUUUGGGAGAGCAGGUGAUAUCUGCAGUACUCUUGAAGAGGUGGCAUCUAAUGUUACAACAGUUCCUUUCUAAUACUAAAGACUUGGAUUACGCUAUAAAAAACUGGCAUACCACAGCAGCCUUAGCCACACUGGUGUCUGUGGCUCACGUUGGGCAUGUGUUGGUUUGUUACAGGAAGCACAUGAAGAGGUUGUGGGCAGGGGAGAAGAAGUUCUUGCCAGAGACGUACCACGUACCGCACUCAGCCGUUAGCGUGGCCGCCUUCCUGAAGUAUCCUGGCUGGCAGAUUGCCUACACUAUAUGGGGUGAGUACAGUCAUGUAGCUUACCGAUUCUAUUUAGACGUUUUAUUCAGCUUUUUCUUCAGUAAUCGGCUUGUUCCAAGGUAGGUCUAGUUUUCUGUGGGAAACGUUUCCACUUCCAGAGGUUUUCUAGGCUCCUACUGUUGCUGGUGGUCACUAGGGUGAAACCGUUUGUAAUAGGUGGUUGAAAUGGUCUUUAAAUGUGAUUAGUUUCGAAUUCCUGAUUAGGGCUUGGAAAAAAUAUUGAUAUCACAAUAUAUUACAGUGUUACGAAAAAGUUUUUUUUUAAUUUGUGUUUAUAGAUCAUUGGUUGUUCGAAUCAGCACGUUCGGUUAAAUGUAUCAUAUUUAGCAGAAGAACGCAGUGAUAUCUGAAAAGUGAAAUGAAGUUUAUAGGAUUUACAGAAAGUCUGAAAUAAUUAUUUAAUCAAAAUUAAGCAGGUGCAUAAAAAUGGGCCCUUGUCGUUUUAUUGAUUUGAAAACCUUUAGCGCUAAUUAUUGGAACACAAAAUUAGUUUGAUAAGCUCAUUGACCCUUGACCUACAUUCACACAGGGAAAUCCAAUUAUGAUUUUACGAUUCAAAAGGUUAAAGCAGGUUUUUCUCUCUAAAAAGUGGCAACAUGGAAGCCUCAAAACAACUCUCAAAUUACCCGAAAAGAAAGCUUGUUCAACAUCAUGGUUUAGAGGAAUGAUAUAAAAAUCUCAGAGAUUUCAGCUGCAGUUUCCCCUGUGAGGAACAUAGUGAGGAAAUGAAAGACCACAGGCACAGUUCUACAGGUACAUCUCACAAAAUUAGAAUAUCAUUGAUAAGUUACAAAUGUGAAACUCAUAUAUUAUAUAGAUGUAUUACACACAGAGUGAUCUAUUUUAAGAAUUUAUUUAUUUUAUUGUUGAUGAUUAUGGCUUAUAGCCAA